AUGGGGGUUGCGUGGAUAGCUGGAGCGUGGAUGGGUUAUGCGUGGAUGACUUUCUCCGGGAGUCGACGUCUCUCCGUCUCUCCGUCUCUCCGUCUCUCCAUCUCUCCGUCUCUCCGUCUCUCCGAUUCCCCGACUCUCCGUCUCGACUUCUCUCCGACUCUCCGUCUCGACUUCUCUCCGACUCUCCGUCUCGACUUCUCUCUGACUCUCUGUCCGUCUCGAGUCUCAGUCUCGCACUCUCUCAGGUCUUCUCUGAGAGAAAUCUCUCUCUCUCUCUCGGCGACUCUCGAUCCGUCUCUCUCUCUCUCUCUCUCGGCGACUCUAGAUCAACUUCUGAAAAGGAUGAAUACAUUGAGUUUGAACAAUGAUGAUGACUACGCGAGUGACAAUGGGGACUCAGAACAGGAAAUGGAUGAGAACAAUCCUGUGGUGGACGAGUCUCUGAUGAGUACAGCCGAGGUGAAAGGUAAACACAAGCGUAGACACUCUAAGUGCUGGAACUUUUUUACUAUAGAAGGAGAUAGGAUGCCUGAUGGAAAAUUUAAAUGUGUCUGCAACUGCUGUAACCACUUCUACAUCCUAGACUUACAUAAAAGUGGAACCAAUACCCUUCUUCGCCACUCAAAAACCUGCCCUAAAACCCCUAAUAACACAUGUCCUAAGAUCGAUCAGUUGGUGUUUCGAGAAAUGAUUGUUGUGGCUAUUGUCGAGCAUGAUCUACCUUACGCCUUUGUUGAGUACAGAAGAGUUCGAGAAGCUUUGCAUUAUGCCAACCCGACCAUAGAGUUCUGGUGUCGAAACACGGCGGUUUCAGAUGUUUUUAAGAUCUUUGAGAGGGAGAAAAUGAAGCUCAGGCAGGUGUUGAGUGAAGUUCCGGGUAGGAUCUGUCUAACGACGGAUCUAUGGAGAGCAAUAACAAUCGAAUGUUAUCUCUGUCUUACUGCCCACUAUGUCGACGCUGAGUGGAACCUUAGAGCUAAGAUCCUCUCCUUUUGCGCUUUCCCUCCACCCCAUUCUGGUCCGGCCAUUGCCAUGAAGCUAAUGGAGCUGAUUAAAGAAUGGGGUUUGCAGAAGAAGGUCUUCACAGUAACCGUAGACAAUGCGUCCUCUAAUGACAACAUGCAAGGAGUUCUCAAGAGGCAACUUAGAAAGGAUUUAGUCUGCAGUGGAGACUUCUUUCACAUCAGGUGUGCUGCUCACAUUCUGAAUCUCAUUGUCCAAGACGGAUUAUCGGUGAUAAGUGACGCCUUGGAGAAGAUCAGAGACAGCGUUAAGUAUGUCAAGGUCAGUGAGUCUAGAGAGUUGCUGUUUCUAGGCUGUGUGGAGACUCUUGGGAUUGUUAAGAAAGGCGGUUUGGUUUUGGAUGUCACUACGCGGUGGAACUCAACCUAUCUGAUGUUGUCUAGGGCUCUUCACUACAAAGAGGCGUUUAAGAAUCUUGCAGAAAUCGAAGCAAGUUACAAGAGCUUACCUACAGAGUCUGAGUGGUUAAGAGCUAGGCUGAUUUGUGAUUUGUUACAGCCGUUUGAUGAGAUGACAAGGCUCAUUUCCGGCUCUUCUUACCCUACCGCGAAUCUGUACUUCAUGGAAGUAUGGAAAAUUCAAAGUUGGUUGGGUUCAAAUGAGUUCAGUGAAGAUACGGUGAUUGCUGAUAUGGUGGCUUCCAUGAGGUUGAAGUUUGUUAAGUACUGGGAAGAGUACAGCGACAUUUUAGCCAUUGCAGCAGUGUUAGAUCCUAGGCUAAAGUUCAAGGUUUUGGAGUACUGCUACCACAGUUCAGAUCCAACAACUUGUAAAUCCCGAAUGGAUUACAUACGCAAAAGGAUGUUGAAGCUGUAUGGAGAUUACAAGAAGAAUACUAGUGCGCAUAGUUCACAAGAAGUAGAAGCAGAUGCUUUACCAGCUGGUUAUGGGGGCUUCUAUGAGUUCUUCUCUCAACAAGCAGGAACAAGGAAAUCUGCUUUGGAUUUGUAUCUGAGUGAACCUGUGCUUGAUAUGGUUGCAAAUCAAAAGUUAGAUGUCAUCAAGUAUUGGAAGAACAAUUCAAAACGGUUUAGGGAGCUAUCUCGAAUGGCAUGUGAUGUUCUAUGCAUCCCAAUAACAACAGUGUCGUCUGAGUCAUCCUUCAGUGUGGGAAGUCGGGUUCUUAGCAAGUACAAGAGCCGCCUUCUUCCCUCAAAUGUCCAAGCUUUGAUUUGCGCUAGAAACUGGCUUCGUGGUUUUGAAGUGAUUGCUGGAUGCGAUUUAGAUGAGGAAGGUAAGGAAGAUGCCAAUGAGGAAGCCGAAGGAAGUGGAAAGAAGAAGAAGACCCGACUCAACUAA